UUGGGGGGGGCCGAGCGAGAGAGAAGCGGCGCAAACGAGCGAGGCAAGCACGCCGGCGAAUGCGAGGGGGGAUGCGGGUGUUUCGCAGCGGUGCGCUCGCCAGUCAAGCUCCAGCGCCGGGUGUGAAUUCAGCACCGGGGGAGAGGAGACAGCUCCCGACGCCGCCGCAGCACGCAGCGCCAGCGGACCGGAGGCGCAGUGAGCGAGAGCAGCGACAGGAGGCAGGGAUUUGCUCAUUCUCCCCGGUGCCAAGGUCAGUCUCCAACGAGCUGGGAGCGCCGAGAGAUGCGCCGGACUCCGCGGGCGCCCGCCGCUUCUGAUUCCGCCCGGCAACGCGCGGAGGCUCCGAGGAGCCAGUCGACGUGAGAGAGACGUUCAUGUGGCGAUCUUUUCUUUCUUUCUUUUUUUUUUUUUGCUUCCUCUUUUUCCCCCCUCUUCAAACUGCAAAGUCUGGACACGGGCGCAGGUUAGAUGCGGCGCGGAUCUGCGAUUAAGCCUCAUCUCCCUCCAGAAAUGUCCGUAUCCGCGUCUUUUUCCCCUCCCCGUUGACGCGGACUAAGAAUUCACAGCUCGCAUGUCUUGAAUCCGGGCAUGAAUUGCUCACGUCGAUAAAAAUGCUGCUCUGGAUUGUCCUGCUGAAUGCGGCUCUUUGUGUUGCGGGUGCCAAUGUGACAAGGGACGUCUGUAAGGAGCAGAUAUGCUCCUGCAACGAGAUCGAGGGAGACCUGCACAUAGACUGCGAAAAACGGAGCUUCACCACUCUGCAGCAUUUGACCGGCCCCAGCUCGCAGUUCUACCACUUGCUGUUGCACGGGAAUUCGCUCUCCAGGCUGUUUCCCAACGAGUUCGCCAACUUUUACAACGCCGUGAGCUUGCAUUUGGAGAACAACGGCUUGCACGACAUCGUGCCCGGCGCGUUCCUGGGGCUGCAGCUGGUGAAGCGCCUGCACAUCAACAACAAUAAGAUACGGUCGUUCAGGAAGAGCACGUUCCUGGGGCUGGACGACUUGGAAUACCUCCAGGCUGAUUUCAAUCUCCUGAGGGACAUUGACCCCGCCGUUUUCAGGGACCUCAAUAAACUCGAGGUGUUGAUACUUAACGACAACCUCAUCAGCGCGCUACCUAUAAACGUGUUUCAGCAUGUGCCCAUUACGCACCUCGACCUGCGGGGGAACCGGAUCAAAACGUUGCCUUACGAGGGGAUCCUCGAACAGAUACCGGGCAUUGCGGAGGUUUUGCUGGAGGACAACCCGUGGGACUGUAACUGCGACCUGGUUUCUCUGAAGGAAUGGCUGGAGAACAUUCCGCAUAACGCGCUCAUCGGCAGGGUGAUCUGCGAGGCUCCCACCCGGCUGCAGGGGAGCGACUUGAACGAGACGUCGGAGGAGGACCUGUGUCCUUCACAGAGCGGCGGCGUGGACGCCAGCCUGGUCGCCCCUCCCACCCAGGAGGAGACCGCGGACGCCGCGGCCCGCGGCCCGCGUCCCACGCCUCACAAGCCCAGCGGAGACGCCGGCGGCCCGCCGACGCCCGGCGGCCGCGGGCCCAAGGGCCGCUCCAAGUCUCGCGAGAACUGGCAGCUGAAGACGAAGCCCACUCCGCUGGCGACAGGUGCGAGCGGCGAGAGGGAGCAGCUGCACAACGUGACGUGCCCCCAGCCGUGCGGCUGCAAGCUGGUCGGCUCCAGGCAAGGGCUGGGGGUCAACUGCGAGGGCAAGAAGAUCGAGAGCUUGUCCAACCUCAAGCCGAAGCCCUUGGCGGCGCACGAGUUGAACAUGAGAGACAACAACAUACACGCAGUGAAAAAGAACCAGCUGCUGGGCUACUCCAGCCUCAACCAGCUCGAUAUGGGUGGGAACAACAUCAAGAUGAUCGACAACGGCACCUUCCAAAACCAGAGCGAGCUGAGGUGGCUGUACAUGGAUAAGAACUAUCUGGAUACGCUGAUCGCAGAGAUGUUCUUGGGCCUUGUGAACCUGGAAUAUCUCAGUUUGGAAUACAACGACAUCCAGCUCAUAGUGGCAGGUGCAUUCAGCCCCAUGCCAAGCCUGAGGGUGCUGCUCCUCAACAACAACCUGCUGAAAUCUUUACCCGUGGAUGCUUUUCUUGGGAUUUCUUUAUCCAAAAUUAGCCUGCACAACAACUAUUUCCCCCACCUGCCCGUGGCUGGCGUGUUGGACCAGCUCAACUCAAUCAUACAGAUCGACUUGCACGGGAACCCCUGGGAUUGCUCGUGCAACAUUGUGCCCUUCAAGCAGUGGACGGAGAAACUCGGGGCCGAGGUGAUAGUGAGCGACCUCAAGUGCGAGUCCCCGGAGGAGUUCUGGAAGCGGGACUUCCGCUACGUGCGGAACGACCUCAUGUGCCCCAGACUCUACGACCGGAUCUCCCCCACCGCCCUGUCCAAAAACAGCACUUUCACCCUGGACUCGGGGACGCGCUCAAACUCUUACUUGGAGCCCAACAGGGUCUCCAUCUCGGUGCUCGUCCCCGGGUUGCUGCUGGUGUUCGUCACGUCCGCUUUCACCGUCGUAGGAAUGCUUGUCUUUAUCUUGCGGAACCGGAAGCGGACAAAGCGGAGGGACGGGAACUCGUCGGCCUCGGAGAUCAAUUCCUUGCAGACAGUGUGCGACUCGUCCUACUGGCACAGCGGGCCUUAUCACGCAGACGGGGGCGCGCACCGGGGCUUCGACUGCAGCACGCACCUCUCCACAACCAAUGACGCGUAAGAAAUAGGGGAGGGUGGACUCUCACAUACAUUACGCCUGCACACCAGACUGCUGGAUUACAAAAAUCACACAAGACAAAGACUGACAAAUGACUGAAACAGCAAGCAUCACCCGCUUUUGUUCGCCACAGGGGAACACAGACUUGUUUAUGUCUUGUUUUCUCCUGCUCAAGCAAGUAAGUCAGUCUGCUGCUGCUGCUGCUGCUGCACAGGCCCCCACUCUGUAAUAUAUGUAUAUGCCAAGCCCCCCUGGCUACAACCCCUCCCUCCCUCCCUCCCUCCUCCCAGUUCUGCUAUUUGCCGCAAUCGGACUAUACGGAUCAGUGUGAGACAGAAAGGAGGGAGAAAAAAGGAAGCGAGGGAGAGGGCUUGUGUGUGUGUGUGUGUGUGUGUGUGUGUGUGUGAGAGAGAACGAGAGAGCGAGGCCGAGGACCUGGGGAAUGGUGCACGAACGCAUGAAUGUAAAUGUAAAUACUCGGGACUGAUGUAACAUAAUCUGCAUGAUGAUAUUUCGCAUGGUUUCAACACACGCGCGCGCGACGGCGAGGAACCAUAACCAACAAAGAAGCCAACUCGACCCUUUUCAUGUUAUAUCAAUAUGACGACUUAUAUAUAGAUAUUAAGAAUUAUGUAUGACUAUUACAAAAAGUGCCAUUUCUCUAUUUUUUUGUGAACCUGCAGUUAGGAUUUGUAUUUGUUGUUUUAAAACUUGUUUGGAGACUAAGAGGAGGAGGGGAAGAAAAAAAAAAAACCCGACGAGGGAUAACGACGACUAUCGGAGCGAUGGAAGUGAUGCUGUCAGUGCAUGUUAUUUUCUGUUUGUUAUCAUUUUGAUUGUCGAUAAAUAUUGGGGUUAUUUAUACCGUAACUAGAUGGUGCAGAUUAAAAAUCCACGUCUGCGCAGUCAUCAUCUCCUUUAUGAAUGUAAAACUGUGUUCUUUUAUGGUGUGCCAAUUGUUGACUUGCAGAUAUUCAGACAUGCAGAUGAGCAUGACCAAUUAACGUCACUCAGAUGCUUCGUGCUGCAAAGUUAAUGUAGCUACAAUAACAGUUCUGUGGUUUUUGUGUGUCAAUGAAUAUAGCCUGCUUUGGGUGAGAGGAAGAAGAAAAAAACUAAACAGCAAACAAAGUAAUUUAAAUGGGGGGUUUAUACCAUCAUAUUUUUUCAAAAACUGAGUAAAAGAGGUGUUUUCAAUUGAGCUAUGUAGGUUUAAUUCGAUCUAUGUACACAGCGCAGGUAGACUGACGUAGACUAUAGAGUGCUUUUUUUAAAUGUCAGAAAACAACAAAAAAGUAUUCCUUCACUAGAAGAAGAAAAAAAAGAAGCUUAUGGCUAUGAUUCCCUUUCAUCAUACUGUGAGCUUUUGUAAAGCCAUCUAAUCUUUGUCCAAAUAAGAGAACUGAGGAACUCACUGUAUUUACUACAACGUGUGCUCGGGGAGGUGGGGGUGAGGGUGAGGGGGUGGGGGUGGGGGUGGGGGGGCGCCCACACCGAUGGCAAGAACUCAGCGUGUGGCCGAACCUUCGAGCUACAGGAAGUAAGGGGGAAGGGUGCCAACACAUAAUUAGAUGAUGCGAGAUGCCUUUUUUUUUUCUUCUUUUUUUUUUCCAACUGAGCAUUUUGAACUUCUUCUUAAAGGGGUCGCAUGGUUUUGAUGGGCGUAUGAAAACAAUGCCAUGACUCGAUACCUGUUUUUGGACUGCUGCUCGGCCUCUACUGCUUUAACCGGACCUGGGUUUAGGGAAGGGGAGGGAGGAAGAAAACACACACACACACACACAAAACAAAAACAAAUAAGGAUUAAAUGGUCGUGGCAGACUUAAAAGUCGGAGUCCCCCCAAAAAGAGGGAGGAAUGUGCAAUUUGAAUUUUUUUUUAAAUUCUUAUUUUGUUGAAUUGUGAUGCACAAUUGACUUUAAAAAAAAUUGAAAACGUUUCCAGCAUAAUUCGGCCAAACUCUAACCCUCCACGAUGAUGAUGCCAAGGCCGAUGGGAGCUGGUGAGAGACGGGCUUACGACCCCUCCCUCCCCCUCCCCCCGCCUCUCCUCCUGCCAGUAUCUCCUCCCCUCAGUAUGGAGUCUAGCGCUGUCCAUGGUGCUGAAUCACUUCCCUCCCAUUCCUUUGCUUUCUCUUUGUCUGCAUGCCCCUUUGCCCGUGCGUGCGUUUGUGCGUGCAGGCCCAUGAGGGCACACAUGCACCCCCCCCCCCCCCCCCCCCCCCAAAGCAUGUGUGUGUUCGAGAGAGAGAGAGAACAGUUGCGUGACUUUUACUUUUUUUGCAUAUAUGUGUGCAAACCCUUUUUACUCCCCUCGCCCCCUCUCCCCUGAUAUGUAACCUUGGGGACUAACAUCUCAGCAGAUCCUUGACAAACACUCAUCGUCCUCAUCACCGCUACCCUGCAAAUUUUGUUUUGCUUCUUGUCCAGUCACCUUCCUUCCCCAUUCACCCCCCCCCCCCCUCCCCUCCCCCUGCUCUCCUGUCCAAUCACAGGGAGGCGGGGAGGGGGCCGAAAAACUGUGUGUCUCCUCUGUGAAGUGUUAUUGUGCCACAGCCCACUGAUGAUUUGUCAUGAUUUUCAAACGCUGUGUUUCAAAGAUACAUUUAUAUGCUUUGCAAUAUUUGACCUGCUUCUAUUUUGAUAAAUAAAGUGUGGUUGAGGUUGAGUGAAAAAAACAAAACAUAAACAACAAAGUCUGGUUUUAGGAUUCUUUUCCUUGGAUUCCGUUGUUGUACGUAGAGACGAGACAGGCUUGGUGUAAUAUCUGUUUAUAUUAUUCUGCAUAAUUCAUAUCAUGUGGGGGUUUAUAAAUAGGCUUAACUGAGAUACACUGCCUUUGUUCUUCAGACUUCUUCGUAAUAAGAGCAGCAUAGUUCAGAACAAUGCAGGUUUUUACACUGUACAGCAUCAGGAUAUGUUCCUAUCAUGUUAUUUUCAGAUUAUAUCCAAAAGGAUUCGAUCAUUUUUGUCUCCUGCUGCAGUUGCUGGCUGUGCAGUUCUUAGCCAUUAACAACGUCUGGGUUGCCAGGUUGUGGAAAAGCCGCCUCGGGUGCGACACUUUGCUCUUCUUUAAUAUAACAAUGAGAAGUUUCUGAACCAAUUUUUGGUGGAAAGGUCUCACUAAUGGAGUAAAGCGUUUUGGUGAAAGAGGAUUCUCCACAAACUGGUAACCCAAAGGUUCUUCUUAUCAAUGGCGAAAUUUGACUUAUUAUAGCUUAUGGAAUAUAAAUGUAGCCUUAACAGGAAGUGAUAGCUAUUUCCUCUGUCCAUCUCUUUUUUGCCAAAAUUCAAAAACUCACACUGAUGCUUUUAUUUUAUUUUUGUUUUUGAUCAAAGGGAACAGAUAACGGAACACUAUCGGUGUCUUGCUGUUCUAUUCCAACUACUGUAAAUGCAAAUGGAUUCUCUUGCACAGAGGAGUCGUAUAAUGUAUAUUAUACUGGAUAAUACAUCUUUAAAACAUC